AUGCUGCAGCACUGGCCCCGCCUGGGCGGGAGGGGCAACAGGCCUCAGCCCGGCUCGGGCCGGGGCGAGGACGGGGUGACCCUGCGCCUGCUCUCCGCCAGGCUCCACAAGACCAAGGAGCUGCGGAACGAGGUGUGCGAGCUGCAGAGGGAGCUGGCCAGCGCCCGGGUGGAGAACAAGAUGCUGAAGCAGCUGCAGUACCGGCACAUGAAGGCCCUGGUGAAGUUCGAGCACGAGCAGAGCAACCUGCCCCAGCUGCUGUCCCGGCACGAGACCGAGGUGCGCAUGCUGAAGGAGCUGCUGCGCCGCUCGCAGGAGCAGGACCGUUGCGUGUCCCGCCAGCUGCGGGAGGCCGAGGGCGAGCUGUGGAAGACCAGGGAGACCCUGCACAAGCUCAAGCUGCUGUGCAGCAAGGCCAACCUGGCCGAGCGCGAUGAGCUCACCUCCCGCAUCGCCCUCCUGAGCCAGAAACUGGACAGCGAGCAGGAUAGGAUACAGGAGAAAGAAAGGCAGCUGGCAGCUAAAAAUAUUUACUCUAAUCGCAUGCUGCAGAGUAUUCCAAAGGUGGAUAUAUCUCCGCCAAAGCAGAAAGUGGAUAAUGCUAUACAGACAGAAGAGUUGGCCUCUCCCAUCAUUCCAUUCUCUCCUCAUAAUGUUCUUCCAAACCUAGACAAGAAGACUAUCGCACACGAGCAGCGGGAGGCGCACAAAGAAACGGGGGAUGAAGACAAUGAAGAAGAGGCACGAGUCUCGAGAAGACUUAGAAGAGAACAAGAAAAUGAGAAGGAAGAGGAGGCAGAGAGGUUAAAGAAAGGUUAG